AUGCGCCAAAGUCACCCACCUGAUCCUGUCUGCGUCAAGGAUGUACAGGACAUCGCAAAGUCUAAACUGAGCUCGGCUGUUUGGGAGUACUACACCACUGGCGCGGACGAGCAACAGACAUUGGAGAGAAACGUUUCCAUAUACGACAGAAUCCUACUUCGUCCACAAGUCCUGCGUGAUGUUAGCAAUGUAGACACACGCACGACAAUUUUUGGGAAGACCUAUGACUUUCCCAUAGCUAUAGCUCCAAGUGCCUAUCAAAAGCUCGUGGGAGAAGGUGGCGAAGUGGCUCUAACUAGAGCUAGCCAUGCUCUAGGAACCAAUUUCAUCCUUUCUUCCAAUGCGACGACCUCUCUUGAGGAUGUCAUGAGUGCCUUGCCUCCACGAGAGGUGACUUACCCAAACCCGUGGUUCCAGUUGUACUUUCUGAGAUCUCGAGAAGCCACAGCACGUCUGAUUCAACGAGCGGAGAAGGCUGGCUAUGAAGCUUUGGUUCUCACCGUUGACACGGUGGUGCUUGGAAACAGAUACCAUGAGCGGAAAACACCACUCACGCUUCCACCUGGUCUACGUAUGGCGAACCAGGACAGCGUCAAGGCCGGAGGUGUCUCUAAAGGACGAUUGUUGCUCAAUGCGAGAACGGCAAAGGAGGCGAAGCAGGUUAUGGAAGAGCACGGCGACCUGAUAGUCGAUGCGAGUCUGACCUGGGAGGAAACGAUACCAUGGCUGCGCUCACAGACCACCAUGAAAAUCAUCCUCAAGGGAAUCAUGGUAGGAGAGGAUGCAGCGAAAGCAGUUGAAGCGGGUGUCGAUGGAAUCAUUGUUUCGAAUCACGGAGGACGACAGCUCGACGGAGUCCCAUCGACUCUUGAAGUGCUGCCAGAGAUCGUGGCCUCGGUUGACGGUAAACUGCCUGUCAUGUUCGAUGGAGGCAUCCAUCGCGGCAGCGAUAUUUUCAAGGCUAUAGCUCUCGGUGCGGAUCUGUGCUUCAUCGGAAGAUCAGCGCUGUGGGGUUUGGCGUAUAAUGGACAGUGUGGUGUUGAGACGGUUUUGCAUAUCUUAGAGAGGGAACUCUCGCGUACCAUGGCUUUGGCGGGAGCGAAAUCUGUUAGAGACAUUUCGAGGGACAUGAUCGGAGUUGAAAGGAGAGAUGGUUUUGGUAUCGCAAAGCUGUCCGGCCACCGAGUCUACUUUGCUCGCUCUUACAGUACAAGCUGGAUUCCCGAAGACAAGCUCAAAUACGUUCCCUCAGAUGGCUAUUACCCCCAAGGCUUCAAAGUCUCGGGAACCUUUGUCGGCAUAAAGCCCAGCAACACAACCAAGUCAGACCUGGCCUUUAUUGUGUCGGAUCGUCCUUGUGCAGCGGCCGCAGUCUUCACCAAGAACAAGUUCCAAGCUGCUCCUGUUACCUUUAGUCGCUCCUUGCUACAGCGGAAAGGCGGUAUCGGAUUUCAUUCUGUACUUAUCAACUCGGGUUGCGCAAAUGCCGUGACAGGGAAAGGCGGUCUUGAAGAUGUCGAGGCUAUGGCUGAUGAGGCCGAUCGAGUUCUUGGUGUUGAACAAGGUACUAUUGUUAUGAGUACUGGAGUGAUAGGACAAAGGCUGCCUCUUCCUAAGAUCAUUGACAAGAUUCCCCUUGGAUACCAGGCCCUUGGUUCUACACACCAACAUUGGCUGGAGUGUGCAGCAGCCAUCUGCACGACUGAUACAUUCCCCAAGCUCCUAUCAAAGACCUUUUCGCUGCCUUCGUCACCCUCGGUCAAAUACUCGAUAACCGGAUUAACCAAAGGCGCUGGCAUGAUUCAUCCUAACAUGGCUACCCUACUUGGCGUCAUCGUCACAGAUGCGCCGAUCGCUAGCAAUUUGCUCCCAGGAUUACUGAAAGGGACGGUGGACAAGUCAUUUAACAGCAUCACCAUCGAUGGCGAUACAUCGACAAACGACACCGUGGCCUUACUGGCUAACGGUGCUGCUGGCGGGCCACAAAUAGACUCGGACGAGUCGCCAGAUUACAAGGCAUUUCGGGGAGUAUUGACAGAUAUCAGUACCGAGCUUGCCCAGCUCGUCGUCAGAGAUGGAGAGGGCGCUACCAAGUUCGUUACUAUUACAGUAUCAGAGUCUGCGAGCGAACAAAGUGCACGCAAAAUCGCUAGCACCAUCGCCCGGUCGCCCCUGGUCAAGACAGCACUCUACAGCAUGGAUGCGAACUGGGGACGAAUCCUCUGCGCCGUCGGAUACUCCCUGCUCAGCGAGCCCGGGUCAUCGACGAUUGGAGCGCACGAUUCCACAGGCACAGGCGCUGAUAUCGACUCGAGCAAGACGAGUGUCAGCCUUGCAUCCAAGGAUGGAGAGGACAUUCUGGAGUUGCUGGUCAAUGGUGAGCCGCAGGUUGUGGAUGAGGGUAGAGCUGCUGAGAUUUUGCGGCAUCAAGAUAUUGAGAUCUUGGUCCAGUUGGGAACAGGCCGAAAGGAAGCAAAACACUGGACCUGCGAUCUUUCGCAUGAGUUCAUCACUAUCAAUGCUGACUAUCGCUCGUAG